AUGGGAAGCACGAGACUUCGGGGGCUGCAACCUACCCUGGAGGGAGCGGAGUGGACGGCCGCUCCCCUGUCUCCCCACCACACUGCCACACGCUAUAAGGAUGGGGGCUCGCCGGUCCUGUUCCCCCCCCUCUGGGCCGAGGGGGUCAUCCCGGUCCCCAUUGGGACGAAAUCGAGCCGACUAAAGAGACGACUAAAGGGUGCUGAGUACCCAGGUCCCACAAGCAAAGAUUGCGGUGGCUCAGAUCACCUAACCAAACACACCGGCAAAUUAGAAACAAGCCGCUGA